AUGGCUAUCUCCUUCUCCUCUGGCUCCAACUCCAUUGGAUCCCCUUUCUCCCCCUCUUCCUCAAGUUCCUCUGUCUCCUCCCUCGACUCCAUCCCCAAGAACCGAGAGCCAAUGCCGGAGUACGACCCAACGGCAGCGCACGAGGCGGUCGCUCCUCUACACUGGGAUGCAGAGGAGUUCGACUUCGGGGUCGUCUCCGAGGACGACGAGCCCAAGACCGACGGUGAGGACCUCCGGCUCCUGUUCCAGGAGGAGCUGGAGAGCGACAGCGACGAUGACUUCUCUUGGGAUGGACCCGAUUCCUCCUUGGAAGAGGAGAUCGGCUCCUCCUCCAGCGGCGAUGACCCGAUGGCCGGAAAUGCCUUCCGGUUCCUCGGGUCCUCCGAUGAGGACAGCGAAGAGGAAAGCAACGGCGGCGGCGGCCGAAGCAGUGACGACGAGGCCAGUGGUAGCAGCAGUGCUGAUGACGACGGCGACGACAGUGAUGGCAGAGACGUGCCAGCACGAAGCCCCAAGCGCCGUAGGACGCAGCUGGAGACAUCCGCAGUACUGGAAGCCCAGCACAACAAGGAACCACCAUUCAUGAAGCCAACACUGGAACAACUGAAGUCCAAGAACAGCAAGAAUCAACCAUCGUCCCAGCGGAAAUUCGCAGUGAAGGAACUGCAACGGCUGAUGUACCGAUGGAAGUUCAACCUGGAACUCCCGAUGCUCCGAUGGAGGUGCGUGACGAACAGGCUGACAUAG